AUGUCGUCCGUCCCACGAACCUUCCCCAAAAUGCUCCCGGGUCGGCCGCUCGAAAUCAUUCGAAUCAGGCAUGUGAACAGCACGGCGGACUACUGGGAUAGUACGAGAAUCAGGGGCCUCAUUGAAGAGAGCAUCCAGCGCCCGCCGGAAGGUGUAGAUCGCAUUCCGCUAGCCGAGAUUACAGCUAAGUUCUGGACGAGCAUUCUCCUCGAUGCUCUCAACGUCCCGCCCUCAGUCAAGGACCCCAAACCUGGCCACGAGCACCAGCGUCUCGAGGUCGACAUCUGCCAGGUCCGCGAAACCUACUGGGAGUCGCGACACGAGGGCCCGCUGGCCGUCACCCUCACACGCUCCCGACCGACGGACGGGCCCGACCGCUACAUCCCGGCCGUGCCGUUUCUCCAAGUCUUCUGCAUGGGCGGGGUGGAGCCGCCCACCCUAGACGAGGCGCGCGCUUUUGCGGAGCGUUGGGUGCCGCGCCAGCGUCGGAGGGAGAUCCGGGACGCGGGCGGCGCGUUCAUCCUGGCCAAGGGCCACCGGGUGUCGUUCUUUCGGUGGAGACCCGAAUGUUCCGACGGCAACCCGGACGAUUUGACCCUGUUUCCCUGGUAUGGCGGGGACAUAGACCAUGGGUUCCGCUGCCUCUGGCAUGACCACGAGGAGAUCGAGCAGCUCAACAAGACCCUGCGUCGGCGCAUCCAAGAUUGCCCCAUUCCGGUCGAGUACCGGCCGAGUAUGGAUUGCUGCGUCGCAAUAGAGCCUGAUGCGGGCAGCCCUGACUCGUCCUGCUCGGCCAUUCCUGGUGCAUGA